UAUCCUGACGGAAGACGGAGCGGAAUGGAUACACGGCGGCAAAGGAAACUUCCUGUACUUUCUGGCUCAGAAGUUAGAUGGUCUAACGCAGCCUCUCCCCAACAAGGUCUACGACGUGCGGUACAGGACGCCAGAGGGGAAGGCAGCCAGCGAGAAGGGCUACUUAGCAGCCAGACGGGUCUUUAACCAGCGCGAGAACAAUAAGGUACUGAAGCCUUACAUGAACAAGGGGUAUGGAGAAUGCUACAUCGACAGAUUCCCCGCCGCUUACAAGAGCUUCAGAGCCCCAAAGAAGGAGAAGGCAGCUUGGCUAGAAUUCCUACACACGUGGGUGAACAAAGACGCGGGAAUGGUCGACUGGCGCGAGCAGUCUGGUCGUGACGCCAGACAUUUCACCGACUUCGGGUACGACGACUGGAACCAGUGGAAAGCCGGUUACGAUACGCUGACCAACUACAUCCAGAAGAGCAUCCCGCCCAAAAAGAUAGAGCUGAACUCCCCUGUCUGCAAGAUCUUCUGGGACUCUGACCCCCAAGGCGGCGUUUUGGUCGUCACGUCCGCACAGAAGGCUUACAUAGCAGACUACGUCCUCGUCACGGCUUCCGUUGGUCACCUGAAGGAGAGGCGAGACCUGCUGUUCUCGCCGCAGCUUCCCGUGUCCUACAGGAAUAAUUUGGACGGCAUCGAACUGGGAAUCGCAGACAAGGUUCAGCUCGGAUGGGACACGAAGUGGUGGGGCAACGACCCCAUCAACCUCUACCCGGUGUUCAUCAACAGAAAUCUCACCGAAGAAAUGUCGUGGCUGUACGGCAUCAUGGAAUUCAUGAAUAUCCACCAGCAGGAUAAAAUGAUCCAAGGAUUCGUCUCUGGAGAUUACGCCCUCCAGAUGGAGGAACUUCCGGAGGAGACGGUUAAAAGCCACUUGAUCCAGUUCUUGAAGGGGCUAAUGGGACAAGACGUCCCGGAACCGACGUUUUUCAGAAGGAGUAAAUGGAUGGACGACGUCUGGAUGCGAGGCUCCUACAACUCCUACGUGACCGUGGAGGGCGACAAAGCCGGCCUGAAAUCCAGAAAGCCAUUUUUGAAAUCCAUCAAAAACCAACAAAAUUAUAAGGUCAUCUUCUGGGCCGGAGAACACACGGACACCACGAGAUUCGGCACCGUCGACGGAGCUAUGAAGAGCGGCACAAAGGCCGCCAAACGCAUCGUCAAAUAUCGCAAGAUGAAAUAAAAUAUUACUGCAGAGCUUAUUUUCUGGUCUCAUUUCCCUCCCUCUAGAGC